AUGUGCAAAACUGAGAUUAAUAUAAUAGGCGUCUCGACAUUCAGACAGGGAACAUAUAACCCAACCAGUAAGCAUGUUGAAAUUCUCCAUGUGCCCAGAGACAGUGUCGGUGAUUGUAAACAGACGCUGCAGGACGGGGGUAGUGUGGUGAUGGUUGGUUCCACGCCUGCGCAGUACCGGCUCAGAGUGCCCAUAGCAACCGCGGGGUCUGACAUGGCGGCGCCUCGGCAGCAGCCGAUCUUCACAGAUCUGAGGCUAGACAGAAGCCACCUUGUGUCUCCUUCAAAAUCAUUAAUCCUGUCAUGUGGAGAGAUGGACAAUACGUUGAAGGAGAAGAAACUGGAUAAGAUUGCGGUAGUAAACCUUUCUAAACAUUACCUGAAAAACCUGGGCAGCUUGUCUCUUUGCUGUACUCUGAAGAUUUGCAUCCUGUCCAGAAAUUACAUCACUAAAAUUGAUGCUCUCGCAAACUGUCGCAAUUUAAUCAAGCUGGAUCUCCAUGGAAACCAUAUCAUUAAUCUCCCAGAUGAAUACUUUUGGACCAAUCUGAAGUGUCUGCAGGUCCUCUUUCUCCAUGACAACAUCAUUGGAGACAUAAGAAAUGCCAAAUCCCUAUUUUCCUGCCCGAACCUCAUUAUUCUCACCCUGUUUGACACCCCAAUCAGUUUGCUUCCAAAUUAUCGGCACCACGUUGUCAACGGCAUUUUGUCUCUCAAAGCCUUGGAUCACUUUGUCAUCGCAGAUGAGGAAAUCAUUGAGGAUUGUUUGCAAAGGAAAUAUUUCAAAGCUCUAAGUCCACAUUUCUUUUUUCAUCUCCCUGCUCCUCCAAAGACUUCGACCUGGCAGAGUGAGUUGGACCAUCUCAGAACUCUACUCUCUACCAUCAACAACAUCCUUGCCCAUCACUCUCCGGUGCUGAUCAUUCAGCGAUGGAUCCGUGGAUUCUUGACAAGAAGAAAGUUGAGCAGUGCCCCAGAUGCAUAUAACAGUCAACCUCUGCCAAGAAAGACACUGAAUGUACAGUUAUGCAGCCGUGGCAUCCAUGUACUGCAAGAUGGCAGUGUGUGGGUCGCAGGGAGCAGAGGUAAAGAGGAUGGCCAUUGCAACUCUGUCCAGUUACAGAUAGAUAAAAACAAGCUGCAGAUUGAUUUGUUGGAGGAUCGAUGUGAAGCUAAUGAAAUAACUUCUGGCCUUUACCCACCUAUUUCACAGUGGAAAAUGAAGAACACUCCCAACCUUAAGCCUAACAAAAGCAAUGUUUUCCAGCCUAGGACAUUUCGACAACCAGUGUUUGACCCUAAUUCAGACCGUGCACGUCUUUUAUGAAUGGCCCAGGCAGAAACAGUAUGAGCACUCACUGAAGGAACAAGCCACCAUUGUGCUGG